AUGGCAGAUCAGACUCCAUCUACAAUGAGUAAAAAACGAAGCAAACCGUAUUCUAAAGUGGAAAAAGCUGUUUUAUUGGAACUUAUCGACGAUUACAAAGACAUUAUUGAAAACAAAAAGCAUGAUUCCAAGGUUUCAAAGAAAAAGGAACUUGCGUGGGACAGUGUUACUAGAAAAUACAACUCGGAACCAAAUGUACACCAUCGAGAUAAAGCACAGCUCAAGACGUUUUGGAAAAAUGUUAAAAUGAGAGCAAAGAAGGACAUUGCUGAAGAAAAGCGUGAAAGGAUGGCAACAGGGGGUGGGAAAGAUCCCUCAACUGUUGACAGCAUGAGGGAACGAGUCUCGUCGAUGAUCCCUUCGCAGAUACGGCCACUUCUGAACCCAUUCGAUGAUGAUGUUGAAAUGGAAGAUGAUGAUAAUUUCGACAUUCCUGAAAGAGUUGAAAACUCUUCUACCUCAUCACACCCAUCAUCACAUAGCCUCCAAACGCUUUCUCUGCAAUCCGGAACUACUGGGGGAAAAGCUGCAUCCAGAAUUUCGUCCUCGGAUUCUCCUGCAACACAACGUACAUUACCGUCAGCUGCGUUCGGGAGUGCUAAAUCGUUACUUCAAUCGUCCGACGCAUUAUCUGCCACUAGUUCGAGGGUGUCAAACUCCACGGCCUGCAAUUAUAACAGAAGGAACAACCGUGAAGCAACUGUUACGGAUGAUGCCUGUACCUCUGAAAUACGUUGA